AUGGAACAAACAGGUGAAACACAACAACAAAAAAGGGUUAGAGUUAGUUGGAAGGAUCCCAAUAUUGUCAAAACUUUCUUAGAAAGUUGUAUUCUAGMGGUUGGGUURAAUGGAAACRAGGGUGCUAGCUUGAAGRCACUUUCGUGGAAGAAAGUUGUCGAUACUUUGAAAAGCACACAUAACUUUGUUGUUGAUCGAAAGCAAAUGAGGAACCAUUUUGAUUACUUGAAAGGAAAAUAUGGUGCUUGGUUGAAGUUAAAAAACAAAACCGGCAAUGUUUAUGAUUCUUCUACAAACACUUUUAACUUGACCCCCGAGGAAUGGGAGUUGGAGAUAGAGACCAAUAGGUAUGUUGAAUCAUUGAGGACUACAAGUCUUCCAUAUCCUGACUUGUGUGCACGCCUAUUUGAGGGUGGUAUGUCCACGGGUAUUGGAGGCUAUGGACCGUCAUCAAAAGACUCGUUGCCAACUACCGAGCCUUUUCUUGUCAUUGAGAAAGAGAUCAAUGUCUCAAGUGAUCAAGCUCCCGUGUCUUCAACACCUUGUUCAUCCCGUGCUCCGGUUGAGAAACAAAAGCAUAAAAAGACUACGAAAGCCAAUUCGGAGCUUGAUGAAAAGCUUAUAAAGUUUUUGGAUACUAUGGCAUCGAAAUAUGGGAACUCUGCGCUUGUUAGUUAUGAGUCAUGCCUAAAAAAAUUGAACGAGCUUGGGUGGGCAAAAAAUGAUCCCUUGUACCGUAUUGCCUUUUCUCUUCUUACGGACAACCGUAAUAGAGAAGCUUGGAUGACAAUACCGUCUGAAAUUGCCAAAGAAUGGGGUGCAGUAGGUGCUCUAGACGGUACCCUUAUACAUGCAAUUGUGCCAGCUAGUCAUCAAACUGCUUAUAGAGGAAGAGGAGGCGGUCGAUGCUAUCAAAAUGUUCUAGGAAUUUGUGAUUUCAACAUGAUAUUCACUUUUGUUUGGGCUAGAUGGGAAGGUAUAGCGCAUGAUUCUAGAAUACUUAGGGAAGUUACUUUUAACCCAAGAUCUGGUUUUCCCUUUCCACCACAAGAUAAAUAUUAUCUUUGUGAUGCUACCUACGCCAAUGCUCGUGGAUUUUUGGCUCCAUAUCGUAACACAAGGUAUUGGUUGGCAGAUUUUCGACGUCGACGUACUUUGACUAAAGAAGAAAGGUUUAAUCAUGCACAUGCCCAACUCAGAAAUGUUAUUGAACGUGCUUACGGUGUCUUGAAAGCGAGAUUUCCGAUAUUAAAGAAGAUGACUCCCUUUCCAUUUACAACACAAAGAAAUGUUGUAAUUGCUUGCUUUGCAAUACAUAAUUUCAUCAGAAAAUAUAAUAUUCAAGACCAGUUGUUUAUGGAGUGCAAUGAGGAUAGUAUAUUUAACAACGAAGAAGAAGUCGAAGAAAAUGGAGAAGAAGAACUGGACAUUUCCCAAUGGGGUGCUAAUAGCACUCAAUAUAUGGCUACUUUGAGAGAUGAAAUUGCGAAUAGUUUGGUCAAUAAUGUUUGA